UUUGCCCCAAAAUCGUUACUUCCAGUUCCAAAUAGCGAUCUAUUCGGUUUCCACGAGCGCCAAUUCUCUGCCAGCGUGUCCACCAUCGAGCCCUGCACCCUCAUCACCGUCGCCGAUAAGUCCGUAAUUCUGCUGCAACUGCAACGUUUUAAUUUCCCUCUCCGGCUUCGUCUCAUAACAAUUUCCGAGAAGCGAUUCGAGUCUCGUCGGCGACGGCCCACUGCCGGUGCACCUCUAGGUCCUUCUUCUCUCUAUCGUUCUUUCCUUUAAGUUUUCAAUUCAUUGCUUCGCUCUUUUCUUUAAGAUUCCAUAAGUUUCUCUGUCUCGUUCUAGUAUUUGCAGGGUUUAGGGUUUUGGCCGACUUCCGAUCAUAGUAUAAUUGGUUACUUUUGCUUCUAAGGCUUCUCUGAUUCUUGCUCUUCAUAUGCGAUUUCAUCAUGGGCUCUCUAAUGAUUGAGAGAAAAGAGAAGCAAAAGAAAGGGAUAAUUAGUAGUGAGGAUGAUAUUUCCACUCUACUCGAAAGAUAUUCGGUAAGGACGAUACUGACAUUGCUUCGGGAGGUGGCCCAGGUUUCGGAAGUGAGAAUUGAUUGGGACAAGUUAGUGAAGAACACGUCAACUGGGAUUUCUAAUGCUCGAGAAUAUCAGAUGUUAUGGCGGCAUUUGGCUUAUCGUCACACGUUACUGGAGAAUAUGGAUUGUCUUACUGGUCCACUGGAUGAUGAUAGUGAUUUAGACUUUGAAAUAGAGUCUUUUCCAUCAGUGAACAGCGAGUCCUUAAAUGAAGCUGCAGCAUUUGUGAAGGUACUGAUUGCCAAUGCUAUACCGAGCGAGUCAGAUAUUCCUAGUAGUUCUGCAGUUGAGGCCCCAUUGACUAUAGGUAUAUCCAAUAGUCAAUCAUCUAGAGCCAAUCUUGAAAAUCCUCAAUCUGGUUGUUUGUUGCAAGAGAUGUAUGUUGCAAUUCCAAUUUCCAUUCAGAGACAGCCUAUUUCUUCUACACCAGCCGUAUCAACUGAAGUAUUUGAUGUGAAUGGAGCAGCCGGUGGUAAUGCAGCUUCUCGAAAAAGAAGAAAACCCUGGUCAAAGGCAGAGGAUAUGGAACUGAUUGCUGCUGUUCAGAAGUGUGGUGAAGGGAACUGGGCGAAUAUCUUGAAAGGAGAUUUUAAGGGGAAUAGAACUGCUUCACAGCUAUCUCAGAGGUGGUCCAUUAUUAGGAAGCGACGCUGUAAUUUGAAUGUGGGAGCUAACGCCACAGGUACUCAGAUAUCUAAAGCUCAGAUUGAUGCUACACACCGUGCAUUGUCCUUUGCGCUUGAUUUGCCCGUGAAUAACUCGAAAACAGAGUAUUCAAACAUAAACAGUUGCAUUAUCUCUUCUGCAAGUGGUGCCGAAGCUCCGGUUCAAAUGCAGAAUCAGUCUCCUCAGAUUCCCAAGCCUUCAAGGCCAGUGCUGGUAGAGCCUUUGCCUUCAGCAGUGAAACCUGGAAUCGACACUUCCAAGAAUGCAUUGAUGAUGAAGUCUACUCACAAUUCCGAUUCUAUAGUUCGAGCGACCGCAGUUGCUGCGGGAGCCCGCAUCGUUUCUCCAUCAGAUGCUGCAUCUCUACUGAAGGCUGCACAGGCAAGAAAUGCCAUUCACAUAAAGUCCAGUUGUGCCUCUUCGAUCAAACCACCUGUGCAUGGUAAUGCACCAAUUCACUCGGAUCCACGCCCUAACAUACAUUACAUUUCCACGGGAAAAUUGGCAUCUCCAGGUUCGAACUAUGUCGGUGGUAAACCGAAUGUGGUAUGUAAUAACUCAGUGAAGGCCAUCUCGCCAAUUGUUCUGCAUCAUCGUUCCACUUCUGCUAUUUUGAUGAAUGUGCAGUCAGACCAAAGAAGCCCAGCAACCGAGUCUCCGUCGAAGCGAGAGAUUAAGAGUUCAGAAGAACGCAAAAUGCCUGAGCCGGUUGCAACUCCGAAAGAGGAGGCUCGAGAAUCCGAAGCUGUUCGGGGAGGAAACUUUGCUACCGAAAGAUCAGAUGGGGAAUUGAGAAGUCUUUCAACUUGCAUUGAGAAUCACAAUGGUUCAAAUACGGAGAUAGAUGAAAAUGGUAUUAAAGCAGGAUGUUCCGAGCAGGUCGAAACGAAAAAGAACGCAAAUGAUGUCGAGAUUAGGGGUUCACCAGACACUCAAGGAAGCAAGAAUGAAUCCGUAGCAGAUAUUGUGGGCCAUAGCACACAAAAUGAACAGAUGAACUUGAAAGCAUAUAUUAGAAGGUGAAUGCAUAGACAAUUUUUGAAACCAUUGUACAAAUGAUGAAUAAACAGUGAAGGCACAAAAUUUUCUGUAGGUGUAAAUAAAGAGUGAAUCUUGCAGUUGCAGUGAUACGGAAUUCCAUGUUCUCUUACUAGAGAGUGAAAAUUAAUUUUCCAGUUUUUUUUCUCAGAAUUUUGUGUAAAUAAAUAUCUCAAUGGCAAGACCAACAUUUGUAAGGUCAUCAUAUUCAACAUUUGUAUGUA